GUGGAGGCAGGCCGCACAGCAGAGCCUGGGGACAGAGGGACACAUAGACACCAGGCUCCGGCCAGUGCGGACAAGGCUGACCAAGGAUGGUGACACCCGGGGCCCUGAGGGUCCUGUUUCUCCUGCUCCUCCUGCUCUGGGCCUCAGAUAUGGAAAAUUCUGAGAUCCUGGAGCAACCGAGAAACGUCUGCCUGGGGCUCAUCAAUGAGGGCAACUAUGAGUCCUUCCACCUGGAGAACACAGCUGGCUGCUUCACAAAAUGCAGGCAGUCAGGGAAUGAACCCUGCGACCUGAAAAACUUACAGAGAUACUGGCUGAAAUACGAGUUCCAUCUGGUGGAGAAUCAGAUGGGGAUAGUGAAUACGUCUUUUUUGAAGGCUGUUGUCCAGAGUGUCAGCACCAACAUCUCAGAAGACCUGUUCUUCUCUCUGACGCCUUCCCAGGUUCCAAGGCCAGUGACAGAGGAGGAGCAUGAGCCCCCCGACAGAGUCCGGCUGCCCCGGAGUCUCUUUGAAUCCCUGCAGGACAGCAGUUCGGUGGUCCGGCUGGCCAUCACGCUCCUGGACAUCGGUCCAGGGAAUCUCUUUAAGGGCCCCGAGCUCAGCCUGGAGGACAGCAGCAGCGUGUUGAACAACCGCGUGGUGGGCUUGAGUUUGGGCAAUAUAUCUGUCAGCAGGCUGGCUGAGCCUUUGGAGAUCACCUUCUCCCACCAGCGCCCACCCUCUAACAUGACCUUCAGCUGUGUAUUCUGGGAUGUGACUAAAGGGUCAACAGGAGACUGGUCUUCCACAGGCUGCUCCACAGAGCUCAGCGCCAAGAGGACUGUCUGUCGCUGUGACCACCUGACCUUCUUCGCUUUGCUGCUGAGGCCGAUCUUGGACCGGGCCACGGUGCAGGCCCUCAUUCGCAUUUCCCAGGCUGGCUGUGGAGCCUCGAUGAUCUUCCUGGCCUUCACUGUUGUCCUGUAUGCUGCCCUGAGCCCCCAGCAGCCCCACUCCCUCCGUCUCAGAGCAAGCCGUGAGUGUGAGCGGUGCCACCCCUGUCCCCAACCAAGCCCCCGCCUGGGACACAGCCCCCAUCCCCAACAAGCUGAGCAUGACCUGCCAGCUGGCUGCGCCGCUGGACCCUGUGAGCCCGGCUUGGAGCGCCAGAAGGAAUCGUCACCAACUCUCGAGGGUGGGCCCUGGCGUCUCAGGUUCUACCGACAGCGGUUCAAGUCAGAAGAUGCCCCCAAGGUCCAUGUGGCCCUGAGCAUUAGCUUGUUUCUCCUGAAUCUAGCCUUCUUCAUCAAUGUGGGGCAUGGCCGUGAGCGGUCAGAUGCCACCUGCUGGGCCCGGGGGGCCAUCUUCCACUAUUUCCUACUCUGUACCUUUACCUGGAUGGGCCUGGAAGCCUUCCACCUCUACCUGCUCGUCAUCAAGGUCUUCAACACCUACUUUGGGCACUAUUUCCUGAAGCUGAGCCUCGUGGGCUGGGGCCUGCCUGCCCUAAUCGUCAUUGGCACUGGGAGCGCCAACAGCUAUGGCCACUAUGCCAUCCGCGACAAGAAGAACAUGGCCACGCUGGAGCUGUGCUGGUUCCGUGAGAAGACCGCUGUCUCUGCCCUCUACGUCACCGUCCAUGGCUACUUCCUUAUCACCUGCCUCUUCAGCGCUGUGGUCCUGGGCCUGGUGGCCUGGAAGAUCUUCACUCUGUCGACUGCCACAGCAGGCAAGGAGCAGGGACCGAACUGGAAGGGAGUGCUCACCGUGCUGGGCCUCUCGAGCCUGGUGGGUGUGACCUGGUGGCUGGCCAUCCUCACGCCCCUGGGCCGAUCCACCAUCUAUGUCUUCGCGCUGUUCAACUCCCUGCAAGGUGUCUUCAUCUUCUGCUGGUUCGCUGUGCUCUACUUCCCCAGCCGGACUGCCGUGUCCUCCUCUUCUGGCACCGCCAGAAUUGACCAGGUCCACACCGCGUCUCAAGAAUAGGGGGCCUCCGUGGGGUCAGGCUGGGAGCCGGCCACACAUUGUGGACUCAGCUCUGACUCCCUGUGUGAACUCAGGCUGCUCCUUGCCUCCUUCUGGCCUUCGGUUUCUAUGUUUGUACAACGUGGCUGGGGAAGGGAGGUGUUGGGGGCCAGUUUGGGCCACCUGGCCUCAGUGGUUCCAUCCAGAUACUUCUAUGGGUCCUAGAGUCCACAAAUCCAGGAUUGCGAGAGUCUGAAGACCGCUGCCAGCAUAGAGCAGUGCCCUCACCUGUACCUGUACCUGCACCUCCUGCCUACAGAGCAAAACAGCUUAUCUCUGCCAUUGGCCACCUCUGGUUGUAGUCACAGGGGGACUCUGUUAUCAGAAUUGCCCCUUGAAGGAGUCCCGGCCUCUCCUCUUCCUCCCUCUUACCACUGCCCUCUCACAACACCACCCUCUGGCUGCCUGUCCUCAGGCACUGGGACAGUUGUGCACUAGAGGUUUGGGUCUAUCUAUGCAGAGGAGCCCCUGCCACCAGGGACCGCCCACCCUCCAGCUGUCUGGGGACACUGAAUUUCAGAGAAUGCCACUUACUCAAUAGUGGGUGUGAUACCAUAAGCAGGCUCCCCUCCCCACCCUGACUGCCACACGUGUGGCCUGACCUCUGAUCUGCUGUCAUAGUGGGGUGGAAGGCAGAUGGUCCAGAGCUGCGCAUACCUGAGGGCCGAGGGGCAGGGCAGGGGAGAGGGCUGGGCUGAGCAGAGAGAGGGCAGGCGUUGCCCCCAGAACCUAAGCUCCUAUCAAGCAGGUCCAUCAGCCUCAUUCACCGGUUCAGCCCAGCCCGAGCCUGGCACGUUUCAGGCCCCAAAUAAAUAUCUGUUGUCUGAAUAGAUGGAUGUGUGAGUUUGGCAUCAGCCUGCAUGGUUCGGAGCCAGGGGAGUGUCUCAGGCCAGGCCCGGCUUGGGUACGUCACCUCCAGUGGCUGGGCCUCCAUUUCGCAACUGUUGCUGGUUUCCUCAGUAGGAAACAAAAGAGGCAGAGAUAAGAGAGAGAGAAAGCCAGCUAGAGAGAGGGAAUUAACAGAUAAACCAACACAAAGAAAGAAAACAAGAGUGUAGGGGACAGAAAGACAGCAGCCCCCUGGCCCGCCCCACUGCCCAUGAUCACGCCCCAAGUCUAGCCUUGAGUUCCGAACCACUGGGGACAUCUCACCUUCCCUACUCACCCCCAUCCUCCCCAGUGGGCUUGGCCAAGGUCAAGCACCUGCUGUAGGUGAGAAGCUAUUGUUAUCAGACCGUCCCCCACAGCCUUUGGGCCGCCAGCCAUCUCCUGCUCCCCGAUGGCUAUGCUGAGUGGACGCCCUCCCUUCUCCCUCCUCCCGCCCAACAAACAGAUGAAAGACAGGAAGGCAGGGGCCCUCGCUUUAUGCAAGUUGCUGUGUUCCUGGAAGGGAAAUUCUAGGGUGUGGACCUUGCAUCAGCCGGGCCACAGUAUAUCAGUUUUUGUGGACAAACUUGGUGGGUCUGGGGACUUACUUUUUUUCACUGACACCAAUUUCUCACGCUGAAGGUCGUGGCCCUCUUACCUCAAAGUCUCAGAGUUUCUGGGCACAAACCUUUGUAUUCCACGGCUGCUUCAUUGUCGGACAGGCCUGCCUCUGCCACUUAGGGGCUGUGUGAUGUUGGGGUGUGUCGCCUCACCUCUCUGAGCCUCAGGUGCCCCAUCCAUAGAACGGAAAUCAUCAAAUUCUUGCCCCGACUUGAGAGCAUUAAGUGAAGGCACAAAAGUAAAGUGCCGGGUACAGACACGGCAGGAAUUAGAGACCUCUGAGGCUCACAGAAAGAUCAGGUGGAACCCUUGUGUGAAACGGGAACCUUUGCGACCUGUGUGUAAAAUAGGAGAGGUGUGAACGUUAAAAAUCCCUUCCAGAUUCCUUCUACAGCUCUGCCGAGUAGACCAGCCCUGUGUGGGGAGGAGAAAAUGGAGGCCGGGAGAUGUCUAGCAACCUGCCCAAGGCUAUUCUCCAAGCUGGGCUGAUGCAGAGCGAGGCUUCUCUGGGUUGCUGAUGCUUCCUCCUAGAGCAUUUCCUGGGUUCAAGAAUUAUUGCCUCAGUCCUGGCCCCUGAGUCUCAGCGGAAACCCCGGGCUCUGGCUUUCCCAGUCGGACGUGGGGGCAGCCAAACCACGAGUCCCAAACGCGCGGGGUUUCCUGGUGCAGCUGGAGAGGGAAGAUGGGAAGACGGGGUCGAUGGCAGGGAUGUGUUCCUUUUCCAGCUGGCUGUCUACCCCAGGGCCAGGCAGGGGCAGGGGGGCCGGGGUCAGUCAUUACUUGGGGUCACUGCAAAAGUGACUCUGAGUGUCCAGCUGAGCAUUGUACUAAGGCCAGGUGGAGUGAUGGCCAAAAGGCACCCCAAGGCCCGGUGAGGAUGGAUGGGGUUCCACUAUCACCACGCGAUCCAGUAGCAACCUAGGAGGUGGACAGCACCAUGGUUAAAAGCACAAACUCUGAGGUCAGCCUGUCUGGACUAAAUUCUUCCUCUGCAACUGGCCUUGGGCCAAUUCCUCACCUACUGAACCCAUAAAGCAGGGAGAGCGGUAAUUGCCCCACGGAAUGGAUGAGGCUUCAAAGAGAUAAUGGCGGAGAGCCCAGUGCCCGGACCCCCAGCCCAGCAUGAAAGUGACUAAGCCAGAGCUUUGCUUGGGCCACCAGCUUAAAAAACAGAGGAGGUAGUAACACCGUAUCACUUACGUGAGUCAAAAACAACAACGUGCAAAAGAAUGCUCAUUUUGAAACAACAACAAAAAAAAAUGUAUCAGAAUGGCUGCCUAUAAAGGUCAGAGAAUGGGGUGGGGCGCCUGGGUGGCUCAGUCAGUUACGUUUCUGACUCUUGAUUUUCAGCUCAGGUCAUGAUCCCACAGUUCAUCAUUGAGCUCCGCAUCAGGCUCUCUGUUUGGGAUUCUCACUCUCCCCCUCUCUCUCCCCCUCCCUCCCUCAAAAUAAAUGAAUAAACUUAAAAAAAAAAAAAAGAAUCAGAUAAUUAGAGUGGGUAUGAGGAUAAAAAGGAAUAAAGAAAUAUACAAAAGAAAUGAGACUAGCCUGACACACCCCCUGUUUACUUUUCGCUCCUCCCUGCCUGCCCUCGCCCCAGGCGGAUUCCUCAGGGGUAAUUGCAGGGCACACGGUCCCACGACAGUUUGAUUUAUCCUUCACACUUUAUUUUUCAUGACUGCAUAAUAUUCCAGCCAGAAUUUAAAAUCACGAUUUAUUAUUGAGAAUUGAGGUUAUUGCUAUGUUUCCCCCAGCAGCAGCAACUGUGUAAACUUGUCAGGACAGUGUUUCUCCAGAAGCGGCCCCCCACACCC